UCAUUUAUACUGUGACUAUGCUACGGACUUUUUUACUUUGCUUCUUCUUCUUCUCUCUCUUUCAGUUACGAUAGAGCUUCGAGAUCGGCGACGAACGCUAAAUGGCGAAAUCGAGCGCCGAUGACGGCGACCUCCGGCGAGCUUGCGAAGCCGCAAUUGAGGAUACCAAGCAGAAGAUCGUGAUGGCGCUUCGGGUCGCCAAGGGUCACGGCAUCUUAGGAAAAUCGUCCAAGCUCGGUCGCCAAAUGGCCAAGCCUAGGGUUCUCGCUCUCUCCAUUGUUGGUGAUGACGUGGUAUUUGCUGCAGCAAAAUCGAAGGGUCAGAGGACAUCGGCUUUUCUUCGCGUAUUGAAGUAUUCUACGGGAGGAGUUCUUGAACCUGCAAAGCUAUACAAGCUGAAGCAUCUGUCAAAAGUGGAAGUUGUAGCAAAUGAUCCCAGUGGAUGUACAUUUACUCUGGGAUUUGAUAACCUUAGAAGCCAGAGUGUGGCUCCUCCUCAAUGGACCAUGCGCAAUAUUGAUGACAGGAAUCGCCUUCUUCUUUGCAUCUUGAACAUAUGCAAAGAUGUUUUGGGUCGCCUUCCGAAGGUUGUCGGUAUAGAUGUUGUGGAGAUGGCUCUUUGGGCUAAGGAAAAUACACCCUCUGUUCCUGCUCAGAAUAAAGUACGAGAUGGUGGUCCUGUUGCAUCAUCUGUUGUGAGGGAGACAGAAUUAAAAGUUAAUGUUGAAAAGGAACUUGUCUCCCAGGCAGAGGAAGAGGACAUGGAAGCUCUUUUGGGAACUUAUGUGAUGGGUAUAGGUGAAGCAGAAGAAUUUUCUGAAAGGUUGAAGAGGGAGCUCCAGGCUCUCGAAGCAGCAAAUGUGCAUUCUCUUUUAGAAAGUGAACCUUUGAUGGAUGAGGUUAUGCAAGGGCUUGAAGCAGCAACCAGUGUUGUGGAAGAUAUGGAUGAAUGGUUAAGCAUAUUCAAUGUAAAACUCCGGCACAUGAGGGAGGAUAUUGCAUCAAUAGAAACGCGCAAUAACAAUCUGGAAAUGCAAUCAGUUAAUAACAAAUCUCUCAUUGAAGAGCUUGAUAAGCUUCUUGAGCGGUUGCGUGUCCCUUCUGAGUAUGCUGCAAGUUUGACAGGAGGUUCAUUUGAUGAAGCUCGAAUGCUUNAAAAUGUUGAGGCAUGUGAAUGGUUGACUAGUGCCUUGCGUGGCCUUGAAGCACCUAAUAUAGACCGUAGUUAUGCAAACAUGAGAGCUGUUAAAGAAAAGCGUGCAGAACUUGAAAAAUUAAAAUCUACUUUUGUCAGGAGAGCAUCUGAAUUCUUGAGNAAUUAUUUUGCUAGCUUGGUGGACUUCAUGAUAAGCGAUAAAAGAUACUUUUCCCAGCGAGGACAGUUAANGAGGCCUGAUCAUGCUGACCUGCGGUACAAGUGCAGGACAUAUGCACGUCUUCUGCAACAUUUGAAGAGUCUUGACAAGAAUUGCUUGGGUGUGCUGAGAAAAGCUUAUUGCAGUUCUCUAAACUUGCUUCUUCGUAGGGAGGCCCGUGAGUUUGCAAAUGAGCUUCGUGCUAGUACUAAAGCAUCUAGAAAUCCAACUGUUUGGCUCGAAAGUUCUUCAGGUUCUGGUCAAAAUGUAAAUGCUACAGACACUUCCACAGUUUCUGAUGCUUAUGCGAAGAUGCUUACAAUUUUUAUUCCACUUCUAGUGGAUGAGAGUUCGUUUUUUGCACACUUCAUGUGCUUUGAAGUCCCUACACUCGUUCCUCCUGGAGGUGUUAAUGGAAACAAAACUGGAUAUGAUGAUGAUGAUGAUGAUUUGGGAAUUAUGGACAUUGAUGAGAAUGACAGCAAAUCUGGUAAAACUUCUGCGGAGCUUGAAGCUUUGAAUAAAUCACUUAAGGAUUUACUUGAUGGAAUACAAGAAGACUUUUAUGCUGUUGUGGAUUGGGCAUACAAGAUUGAUCCUCUANGCUGUAUAUCAAUGCAUGGAAUAACAGAGCGCUAUCUAUCUGGUCAGAAAGCUGAUGCAGCAGGAUUUGUACGUGAUUUACUUCGUGACCUGGAGUCUCGGAUAUCUAUGCAGUUCAACCGUUUUGUUGAUGAAGCUUGCCAUCAAAUUGAAAGAAAUGAAAAGAAUGUUCGCUCGACGGGUGUCCUCUCAUAUAUUCCCAGAUUUGCAACCCUUGCAACUCGGAUGGAGCAGUACAUCCAGGGUCCGUCUAGGGAUUUGGUUGACCAAGCAUAUACAAAAUUUGUUAGCAUAAUGUUUGCUACUUUAGAAAAAAUUGCUCAGACAGAACCAAAGAAUGCAGAUAUUUUUCUUUUUGAGAACUAUGCUGCCUUUCAGAAUAGUUUGUAUGACCUCGCCAACAUUGUGCCCACUUUGGCCAAAUUUUAUCAUCAGGCCAGUGAAGCCUAUGAACAAGCUUGUACACGUCAUAUUAGCAUGAUAAUAUACUAUCAAUUUGAACGCCUUUUCCAGUUUGCUCGAAGGAUUGAGGACUUGAUGUUCACUGUUCCACCUGAAGAGAUUCCUUUUCAGCUUGGACUGUCAAAAAUGGAUCUUCGAAAGAUGUUAAAAUCCAGUUUAUCUGGGGUGGACAAGUCCAUUGCUACGAUGUAUAAGAAACUGCAAAAGAACUUGACUUCAGAGGAACUAUUACCCUCUUUAUGGGACAAAUGCAAGAAGGAGUUUCUUGAUAAGUACGAAAGUUUUGCCCAACUUGUGGCUAGGAUUUACCCUACGGAGACAAUACCAUCUGUUGCAGAGAUGAGAGACCUUUUAGCUUCCAUGUAGAGGUUUAUGUAUGUAAAUAUUUUUCUUUCUUUUCAUUUUAUGUAAGGUAUGAUCUUUCUUCUCUCUAUUUAAUUUUAUUUAUUCAAUAAAUUGUAUCUUUGUAGUUUUUAUUAUUUGAAACAAACAGUUUAACGUGUCUUCGAACGAAUGAGAUGAACGUAAGCAUUUUCAGGAUUUACGAGUGGCAAUGUCGUGUAUCCUGUUUGCAUGCAACAUCAUCAAAAACAAUCAUUCAAUUAUCUUAAUCAUUUGGAUUAUUUGGA